AAGCUCAACAGCACUCUUGGGGGGGGCAGAGAGAGAGACAGAGAAUGGCGACAGAGCAAGAGAUAUCGCAAGCUUUAGAAGCCCUGAUCCACGCCUCCGACGCCCCGAAGUUCGCCACUCUAAACGACGUCGUGCAGCAGCUCGAGUCCAAGCUCGGCGGCCACGACCUCUCCCACAAGUCCGACUUCAUUCGGGCCCAGAUCCACUACCUUCUCCAAUCCCACCCGCCACCAACUCCCCCUCCUCCCCAGCCUCAACCUCCUCCUAAAGACCAUUUUGCCCUCCAGCAAAACCCCAAUUACCACCCGCCUCCCUCCGCCUUCCAGACCUUCGCCUCCCACCCUCCUCAACUUCCUUCUCCCAAGCCCAAGCCCGAGCCCGAGCCCAGCCCUCCUCCCGUACCCGCAUCCGUUUCCGCCUCCGACCCGCCGCCUAAGGAUGGCGCUAAACCUAAACCAAAGAGAAAAGGAGGCCCAGGGGGUUUAAACAAACUUUGUGGUGUUUCGCCUGAACUACAGGUCAUUGUUGGCCAUCCAACUCUUCCGAGGACUGAGAUUGUGAAGCAACUGUGGGCUUACAUAAGAAAACACAACCUCCAAGACCCCGGUAACAAGAGGAAAAUUAUUUGCAAUGAUGAGCUGCGGUUGGUUUUCGAGACAGACUGUACUGAUAUGUUUAAGAUGAACAAGUUGCUGGCUAAACAUAUCAUUGCACUUGAACCUUCAAAACAGCCAGUUCCCAAGAAGCCCAAGGUUGUCGCGGACUCUGGAACAAAGAGUUCCCAGUCAGGUCCUUCUGUGAUAAUAUCUGAAGCACUUGCAAAUUUUUUUGGUGUUGGUGGGAGGGAGAUGCUCCAGUCUGAGGUUUUGCAACGAAUAUGGGAAUACAUAAAGGUCAACCGUCUGGAGGAUCCUCUGAAUCCAAUGGCUAUUCUAUGUGAUGCAAAGCUUCAAGAUAUCUUUGGUUGUGAAAGCAUCUCUGCAUUGGGAAUACCUGAAGUGUUGGCACGUCAUCACAUAUUCAGGAGAUCAUGAUAGUUGUAGGUCUACGACGUGGUAACUCAUGCGCCGAUGUUGGGACAAAGUGAUACAGUUCUUGAUGUCAUGUACCUUCUGUGAGCUUGUAUGUACGUCAUGUUCUUAGCUGUUGUUUGUAAGUAAAGGACAAUGAAAUUGUAAUAUGUCUUCAUGGGGGUUCUUAUUUUCUGAAUGGCCCCAUGAUUUGUAUGACUUGGCCUGUUAGGGUAGGGUGAGCCGCUAAGCUUAUGGAGUUUCUAACACAGCAGUGUAAAAUAGGAGACGGUAGAAAAUAAAAGCUAAUGUAAGAUUGACUCAUUCUUAGUAAUGAAAGUGUUUAUUUAGUUAGUA